CACUCUGACAGCGUUAAGGCUGCGACACUCACGUCUCCCAAGUGCCAGCUUGCAGCCUGGGCAGCCGUCCACAAGCCUCUUACAAGACCCAAGUGUAAUUCUUAUUUCUCUUGUCCUACCGGCCGGGGGAGGCCACAGCCACCAACAUGCAAGGCCAGACGCCGCGAGGAGGCACGAGAUACGAAGGCGGCUGCCAUUGCGGCGCCGUCAGGUUCCAGGUCCUCGCCCCGUCCACCUUCACCGUCAUAGACUGCAACUGCAGCAUCUGCCAAAAAAAGCAAAACAAACAUUUCUUGGUACCGUCCAGCUGCUUCAAGCUGCUGCAGGGACACAACGCCCUCACCACCUACUCCUUCAACACCCACACCGCCAAGCACAGCUUCUGCGCCACCUGCGGCGUCCAGGGCUUCUUCAUCCCCGCCAGUCCCCCGGACUCUUACGGAGUGGUACCUCACUGCCUGGACGACGGACCCGUCAGAACCAUCACCUACAAGAAGGUCGACGGUAAGAACAAUGUUCAGGCCUCCGCUCACGACUCAAGCGACACCAGCAAAACCUCGGACACGUCAGGCCAGACAGAUGACAAGAACUCCAAACAGCCAUCAACACCGAUCAGCACCCUACGCAGCAUGAUAGAGGGUAGACUUCAUAUACUCUCCAGCCCCAAGACAGGCGACAAGGCCCACAAAAGAGCAAGCCAAAAGAACUCCUUUACUGAUAAGCAUGACGCUAGUAGCCACGCAUCCUCUUCCUCGGCGAGCCCCGCCAGCACCAGGUCCGGCAGCAGCAGCAUCCCGGACACCCCCAAGAGGCUACCGCAGAAUGUAGCGCCCAGCACCAGGACCCGGGCGGAGACUACACAAAACUCCAGCGUCAUUGUCAUUGGUAACAAGAAGGAAGGAGAGUCAUCACAAGCGUCAACAGCCAUCACGGUCGUCGGGAAGACCCAGGGAGUGACGACCCCACACAGGAAUUUCAUCGUCACCAAGGUCGAUGACAAGAACUAUGUGCAGUUCCUGCACAUGAACUCCAUACCGAGACAAGACAACGAAGUCAGUUUAUUGUGACAUUAAACCACUGACAGUUUACAUUAACAAAACAUUAAGCAUUAACAUUAAGCAAAACACGUUAGAAAUGUCCAUUGGAAUGUACCAAUAAAUAAUUAACCAU